AUGCUGAAGUGCGUGGGCGAGCUCGAGCACACGGAUGGGAAGGUGCGCAAGGCGGCGGUGCAGACGCUGGGCAAGCUGCCGGCGGAGGCGCUCGCGGCGCACGGGGCGGCGGUGGCGGCGAGGCUCGAGGACGCGAAUGAGUACGUACGCCGGGCGGCGGUGGAGACGCUGGGCAAGCUGCCGGCGGAGGCGCUCGCGGCGCACGGGGCGGCGGCGGCGGUGGCGGUGCUGGGCAAGCUGCCGGUGGAGGCGCUCGCGGCGCACGGGGCGGCGGUGGUUGCCGCGCGUCUCGCUCUGACCCGUGGCGCCGCGUGCAGCACAAUCUCCUUCUGCACCGUCGGGCUGCCCGGCGCGCUGGCCAAGCACGGGCAGAUCUUCUACGAGAUCACAUUGAAGCGAGUGGGCAAGUACCCGCAAAUCGGCAGAGCCCCGCUCGCUCGCGCGGCGGCGCCGGCCGUCCGCUCGCUCGCGGCGGCGCUGGCCAUGGUCGUCUCAGCCGCGCGUGACCUCGACGUCUCGCUGCAGCAGCUCGGACAUCGCAGCGCGUCGGUCCGCCAGGGUGCAGCGCGGCGUGUUCGAACGAUGUUCGAGCGAGCCGGCUCGGCGCUCGAAAUCCUGCGGAGGCUUUCCGAGGCGCUGGGCUCAAACGACCCGGCGCGGCGCCACGGCGGGCUUGCGCUAGUCAACGAGCUGGUCGAUGUCAACGAGUGGUCUCGCGUCGGCACCGGAGCCGCUCGCUUCUGCCGGCUGCUACGGGCAGUGCUCGAGCGAUCCACGGCGAGCGGCACGGCGAGAAAGGCGCACCGUCGAUCGGCGCCCGACGAGAUCGCGCUCGCUGUCCGCACCCUCGGCCACGCCCUGCGCUCGGCGGGCGCCGCUGCGACUGACGCGACCGACGCAGAGCUGUCGCGAGCUCUCGAGUGGCUGCACGCAGAGACGCCUGCGGCGGCGAGCCGCUCGCACCGCCGCCUCUCCUCCUGCCUGAUUGUCACCGAGCUCGCCAUGCGGAGCGGGCCGCAGGCCGCCUCGGCGGACCCGCUCUCCGAGACGCGCAUCGCAGCCAUCGGCAUGCUCCGCUCCUGCCUCGCCAUCGUCUCGCAGCGCGAAGGCGGGCUCGGCGCCUGGUACGAGGCUGCCCUCAGCCGCUCCCUCGCGGGGAUCCAAAGCUACCACCCCGAGGCCGCCGCCGCCGACUCGCCCUCCUCCUCCGCCUCCUCCUCCGCCCCUCGGCCGAUCGAGGAGGGCGGCGGCAGCAGCGGGCUCGACGAGGCGCACGGCUGCCUCUGCGCGCUGAGUGAGCUGCUGAGCGGCGAGCUCCUCUCGCUCGCCCUCGGCCCGCUCCACCCCCCCUCCCCGCCCCUGCUCGACCCUCCCCUCCUCGAGCCGACCUUCCAACUCCCCGCCUGGCGCCGCUCCGCCUCCGCGUCCUCCGCCGCCUCAAUCCUCUCGCCCGCCCUCCUCUCCCCCGCCCUCCUCCCGCCCUCCGCCGCCGACGCCGCGCCGCACCAAACCCUCGGCGCCGCCGACGCCGUGAGCACGCACCCCUCCUCCGCCUCGCUGCCGCCGCCGAUGCCGCAGUGCGCAUCGCUGCCCCGCUCCGCCGAGCACCGGGCUGCCUUCGCCGAGGUGGAGCGCGCCUUCCGGCUCGUCUGGCGGCUGCGGGACGAGUCGCCGCCGCACUUGCGGGUCGCGCUGCUCGCCGCGCUGCCUCGGCUGGUCGCAGUGGCGCCCCCCCCUCUCGCCGAGCAGCUCCUACCCCUCGUCGCCUCCCACCUCCUCGCCCGCGCCGCCAGCCACGCGUCGACGGCGCGCGCGGCUUGCCUGCUCCGAGAAGGUUCCGAGAAGGCGGUCUUCAAGGCGAUCGGAGACGCGUGGGCAAACUUCACAAGGGGGUUUGCGCCGCCGCCGCCGCCGGCGCGGGGCCGCAGGCAGCGCGGCGGCAUGGACGGCAGGGGCGGCAGGGGCGACGGCUGGAGGGGGGAGGGCUGGAGGGGCGAGGGCUCGCCGGCGGCGGCUGCGCUGUGGUGCAUCGGCAGCGUGUGCGAGGCGUGCGGCGGCGCGGUGGGCGAUGCGUCGGGCGAGCUGGUUGAGCGGCUCUGCGCGCUGCCGCUCUCCGGCGCGCUGCUCGCCUGCCUCGCCGCUAUCGCGAGGCACGUGCCGCCGCUCGAGCGGCAGGUCCGUUCCCGCCUGCUCGACGCCGUCUCUCUCGCGCUGGUGCGCGAGCCGUUCGACGUCUGGGAGGAGCGGUGCACGCAGCAGCAGCAGCAGCAGCCGGCGCGCGGCACGCGGGCCCUGAGAGGCGACGGGAGCAAGGGCGAGGCGGGCAGGGGCGAGGCGGGCAGGGGCGAGGCCGGCGGCGCGGAGGGUGGCGGGUGGGGCGGGCGGGGCGCCGUGUGCGGGGGAGGGGAGCCCUCCGAGCCCGCCCACGGCGGACGCACCGAGGGAGGCGCCCUCUCGCUGGUGAACCUGCUGCCGCCCGCCGCGUCGCCCGCCGUCGCCCCUCCGCUGCGCGCGGGGGUGGAGCGGGCCGAGCGGGUCGCGCAGCUCUCGCUCGCGCUGCGCUGCCUGAGCGACAUGCCCGUCGCGUCGCGCCUGCUGCCCUCCACCCUGCCCCGUUUCAUGCUCGCCGCCAUGCGCGAGUGCCUCGACGACAGCGCGGUCGAGGUUCGCACCGCCGCGGCCGUCGGGGCUUGCACCGUCCUCGCCGCCCUCGCUGCCGAGGCGGAGACGCGAGCGGCGACGGCGAUCGGCCGGCCCUCCCCUCCUCCGCCCGUCCGCACCUUCCUGCCUCGGCCUGCCCUCGCCGCCUCCGCCGCCGCGCCGAGCUGCGCCGCCGCCGACGGCUCCGUCCGCUGCUGGCCGCCCGCCGACUGCGAGGGCGGCCCCCCUCUGCCGUCGUUGCGGCUCGUCGUGCUCGGCGGCUGCGGCGAGAGGGCGGGCGGAGGUGCGGCGUGCGGCCGCCUCCUUUACCACGGCGCGCGCGAGCCGUCGGACGACGCGCCGCUCGGGCAAGGCCUCGCCGGCCAGGGCGCGCUCCCGUCGGUGUGUGAGCGCGUCGAGCUGCUCGAGAAGGUGCUGGUCCUCGCGGCGCUCGAGCCGGCGCGCGGCGCGCGGCUGGCGACGCUGCAGGCCCUCUCGCCGCCACUCGACGUGCACCUGCAGCAGCCGCGGCUGGUCGAGCUGCUGCUGCCCUACCUCGAGAUGGGCGACUACGCGCUCUGCUCGGCCGCGCUGGCCGUGCUCGGCCGGCUCGCGGAGCGCAACCCGGGCGAGGUCGUGCCAGCGCUGCGCACUUUCCUCCUCUCGCUCCUGACGCAGAUGACGCACGCGCACUCGCCCGCGGCGCGGCAGCAGGCGGCGAGGCUCCUCUCGCGGCUCAGCGAGGCGCGGCCUGCGCGGCCGCAGCUGCUCGGCUCGCACGCGACGCCCAUCGUGCUCGCCCUCACGCCGCUACUCGGAGAGGCCGACGCGGGCGUCGCCACCGCCGCCCUCGCCGCCCUCGGCGAGCUCGCGGGUCUGGCCGAGCUGGCAGGCGCCGCCCUGACGCCGUACGACCAGUCGUCGAGCGAGAAGCGGCACGCGGCGCUCCGCGCCACGUGGCGGUUGCUGCGCUACACGGCGCCGCCGCCAAAGGGCAUGCAGGGCCACGCCGGCUCCCUCUCGCAGCGCUCGCAGCUCCUGCACACUCUGCUCGGGACGCUCCUCCACGCCGAGGCGCUCGACGCUCGGCGUUCGGAACGCAUGGCGGGCGGCCUCUCGACCUCGGACGCGCCGCUCGGCCUGGGCGGUGCGGCUGGCGGCGCCGCCUCGCCGCUCUACUACCCUGCCGUCGCCCUCGCCGCCCUCACCCGCGUGCUGCGCGAGCCGUCGCUCGUCGCGCAGCACCGCGCCACCGUGCCUCCCAUCGUGACGGUGCUCUCCGAGCUCGGCACGCGCGCCACGCCGCUCCUGCCGGACGUGAUGCCGCUCCUCCUCGCCGCCGCCUCGGGGCCCGACCCGCUGCUCGUCGAGGCGGUGGUCCGCGAGCUCGGCGCCCUCGUCCCCGCCCUCGGUUUGCUCAGCCGGCCGUACGUGCCCCCGCUGCUCGAGCUCGUGCUGGCGCACCUGCCCGGCCCGCACGCGUCCAUCCAGGCGCACUGCAUCUGCCUCGUCGAGGCGCUGUGCGAGGCGCUGCGCGCCGAGCUCACCCCGCACCUCGAGGCGCUGCUGCCGCGCAUGUUGUCCAUCCUGCGCACCGACCGGAGCGACACGCGCAUGCCGACCCUCCGCGUGCUGCACGCCCUCGGCGCGAUGGCGACCUCGCUCGGCGACGCGGCGCCGCCCGUCGUCGGCGAGCUGCUGUGGCUCGCGCAGCAGCGCGACGCGCCGAUGCGGCCGCGCCGGCGCGCGAUCAAGCUGCUGCGCCUCCUCUUUGCGCGCCUCCCCCUGCGCGAGCACGCGGCGCACACCGCGCACGUGAUGCUCGCGCUGCUCGGCGCCGCCGACGACGCGGCCGAGCUGCGCCAGCCGGCGCUCCACUGCCUGCACUCCCUCUCCGACUCGCUCGGCGACUCGAUGCUCUCGCUCUCGCCCAACCUCGCCUCGGCCGUCGCCGCGGCGUCGGCCUCGUCCCCGCGCGCCACCCUCUCGCCCGGCCUCGGACCCCACCGCGCCGUCGGCCGGCUCGGCGCGCUCGGAGCAAGCUGCCGGCCGAGCCCCCUCAUCUCGAGGCGCAGCGCGCCCGACGACGACUCGCCCCUCCUCGAGCCCGCCGCGCCGCCGCGCCUCGACUUGACGCGCGGCUCGGCGGGGCGGUUGGACCGGCUCGUCGAUCGCUCCGACUCUGCGGUCGCGCUGCCCGCGCUCGGCGCAUCUCCGACCGCCUCGCUCGACGCCGGCUCUUUCGCCCUUCCGCCCGCCGCGCCGUCCGUCGGCACGAUGGCAGCGGCGGCCGCCGCCGCCACCGCCGCCCUGGACGGGGCAGAGGCUGGCUGCGAGGACGGCGCCGGCGGCUCGUCCACCGCAGCGCCGGCGGCGCUCGAGCUGCUGCGCGUCUCGCCGGCACAGCCGCUUCGCGCGUGCCUGCUGCCCGCGCAGGCAUACCCGCCGCUCGCGCAGGAGCUGCUCAACGCCGCCUUCCUCUCCUGCUGGUCGCAGCUGACCCCGGACGGGUGCGGCUUGCUCGCCGCGGCGGUCGAGGCGGCGCUCGAGCGCGAGAGCAUGCCGCCCGCGGUGCUGCAAAAGAUGCUCAACCUCGCCGAUUUCAUGGAGCUCCACCUGCAGCCGCUCCCCAUCCCCGUCCGCAAGCUCGGGUCGCUGGCCGAGCGCUGCCAGGCCUACGCAAAGGCGGCGCACUACCGAGAGAUGUCGUUCACGCACGCGGCCUUCCGGCACGCCGCCGUCACGCAGGCGCCCCCCGGGCGCGACAUGGGGUGGACGCACGCGCCGGGGCCGCGCACGGCGGCGGCGGCCGGAGGCGGCGGCGGCGGCGGUGGAGGUGGCGCGGUUGGCGCCGGUGCGAGCGGCGCUUCGGCGGCGGCGGCGGCGGCGGCCGAGGAGGCGACGGCGACCGCCGCCGACAUCGAGUCGCUCAUCUCGAUCAACAACCAGCUGCAGCUGCCCGAGGCGGCGGCGGGCGUGCUCGCCUUCUCGCGCGACCUCGGCGUAGAGCCGCGCGUCUCGUGGUACGAGAAGUUGGGCCGCUGGUCGGACGCCCUCGCGGCGUACGACCGCAUGUCGCAGUCGGCCGAGGGCGGCGCGGCCGGCGGCAGCAUCGCCGUGCGGCUCGGCUCGAUGCGCUGCCUCCACGCGCUCGGAGAGUGGAGGAGACUCUGCCAGCUUGCGUCCGAGGCGUGGCUGGACCCGGCCCUCGACGUGGGAACAGGCGAGCUGCGCGCGGAGGCGGCGCGGCUCGCCGCGGGCGGCGCGUGGAACCUGCAGCAGUGGGGCAGCAUGGCGCGCUACGUCGCGGCGAUGCGGCCCGACACCGUCGAGACGGCCUUCUUCAAGGCGGUCAUGGCGACGCACGAUGCGCGGCUCAGCGAGGCGCGCGCCCACAUUAUCGCCGCGCAGCAGCUGCUGCAGUCCGAGCUGACGGCGCUGGUCGGCGAGUCGUACCACCGCGCCUACCGCGCGACGGUGCAAGUGCAGCAGCUCGCAGAGCUCGAGGAGAUCCUGCUCCACAAGGCCGACCCGGAGGCGAUGCCCCUCCCGCUCCUCCUCUCGGUCUGGCGUGGGCGGCUUCUGCAGGCAGAGCGCUCGGCCGACGUCUGGCAGGAGAUCCUCUCGGUGCGCGCCCUCGUCGCGCCGCCCGCGCGCGACCCGCAGACGUGGCUCAAGUUCUCAAACUUGUGCCGCAAGUCGGGCCGCGGCGCCCUCGGGCACAAGAUCCUCUCCGAGAUCCUCGGCGAGGACUGGGACGCCCACUGGGAGCGGAUGCCGCGCCAGGCGGCGCACGCCUCGGUGACGCAGCCGACCAGCCCCGACCACUCGCCCUCUACGACCGCCUCCUUCCUCGCGGGCGGCGCCGCCCUCCUGCGCUCCACCGGCGAGAUGACGUCCUCGGCCGCCGCCGCCGCCGCCGCCGCCGCGUCGGCGCACGUCGUGCACGCAGACAGCGCCUCGCCGCCCCCCAGCCGCGGGGGCGGCGCCGGCGCCUGCGGGAGCGGCCGAGCUUCCCCUCCCGCCUACCUACGCGCCUCCUCCGACGGCACCCUCCCCACGGGCACCCUCCCCGUGGGCACCCUCCCCGGCCCGCCGCGGCUCCCCCCCUCCAUCGACGGUCUCUCGAGGACGGGCGGCGGCCUGGGCGGCGGCUUGGGUGGCGACAGGGCGUAUGCCGGCGGGACGGUGGACGGCGCCCAGCGGCACGCGGGCACGUACGGCUACCUGAAGCAGAUGUGGGCCGACGGGUCGCGCGAAGAGGCCAUCGCGCGGCUGGCGACCUUUGCGCGCUACGAGGCGGCCGGCACCGCCUUCGCCGCAAAGGCGUGGCGCCGGCUUGGCGGCUGGCAGCGCGCGGUGGGCGAGGACCAGCCGUUCAGCGUGGAGCGGGCGGCGACGGUGCUGGCCUCGCUCGGCAACGCGACAGAUGCCUCGCCGCACAGCUACAAGGCGUGGCACGCCUGGGCGAUGGUGAGUUUCGAGGCGGUGCAGCAGCUGCCGCCGUCCGACGCGGCCGAGUUCGUGGUGCCUGCGGUGCGCGGCUUCUUCCGCUCGAUCGCCCUCGGCCGCGAGGCGGCGCUGCAGGAGCCGUGGACGAGAUCAGCCGAGAUCAGCCGCGAUCAACCGCACUCACCCGAGAUGGCGGGCUGCGACGACAUCUCGGCCGACUUGUGGCUGCUCGUCACGCCGCAGAUCAUCGCGCGCAUCCACGCGCCCAACCCGUUCGUGCGGCGCUCUGUCAACCGCCUCCUCGCAGAGGUUGCGCGCACGCACCCGCAGGGCCUCAUCUACCCGCUCACCGUCGCGUCCAAGUCGCUUCUCUUGCCGCGCCGCACGGCCGCGUUGCGCGUGCUCACCGAGGUGCGCAAGGCCAACGACACGCUCGUCGAGCAGGCGGCGCUCGUCUCGACGGAGCUCAUCCGCUGCUCGAUCCUGUGGCACGAGGUCUGGCACGCGGCGCUCGAGGAGGCGUCGCGCCUCUACUUCCAGGCGUCCGACGUCGACGGGAUGCUCGCCGCCCUCGCGCCGCUGCACGCGCAAAUCUCGCGCGGGCCGGUGACGACGGAGGAGAACGACUUCCUGCGCACCUACGGCGCGGAGCUGCGCGCGGCGCACGAGCACUGCGAGCGGUACCGGCUCGGCGGCCGCUCGCGGCAGGAGCUGCAGUCCGCGUGGGAGCUGUACUCGACGGUCUUUGGCUGGCUGACCAAGCAGAUCGGCCGGAUGACGUCCAUCGAGCUGGCGCACGCGUCGCCGCGGCUGCUGCAGGCAAGAGACCUCGAGCUCGCCGUGCCGGGCACGUACGAGGCGACGGCGCCCGUCGUGCGGAUCGGCUCGUUCGCGCGGUCGAUGUCUGUGAUCGGCUCCAAGCAGCGGCCGCGCAAGCUGAGCGUGUACGGCGACGACGGCUCGCUGCACGACUUCCUGCUCAAGGGGCACGAGGACUUGCGGCAGGACGAGCGCGUCAUGCAGCUCUUCGGCCUCGUCAACGCGCUCCUCGCCUCGACCGACGAUGGCGCGCGCCUCGACCUCGGCAUCCAGCGGUACUCUGUCGUCCCGCUCUCGCCCAACUCCGGGCUCAUCUCGUGGGUGGCGGCCUGCGACACGCUGCACGCGCUCAUCAAGGCGUACCGCGACGGCCGCAAGGCGAUGCCGCUCAACGUCGAGCACCGGCUGAUGGCCUUCGAGCACGCCCUCGCGCAGACGCCGGGCGACGAUGUGGCGCGCGUGCUCUGGCUCUCGUCGAGCAACGCCGAGGACUGGCUGCUCCGCCGCACAAACUACACGCGUUCACUCGCCGUCAUGUCCAUGGUUGGCUACAUCCUCGGGCUCGGCGACCGGCACCCCUCCAACGUGAUGCUCGACCGGCUCACUUCCAAGAUCCUGCACGCCGACUCUGGCGCCUGCUUCGAGGUGCGUGAACGGCGCCUACUCACGCCGCCGGCUGCGAGUAGGCACAUCGAUUUUGGCGACUGCUUUGAGGUUGCUGUCCAGCGCGAAAAGUUCCCGGAGAAGAUCCCGUUCCGCCUCACGCGAAUGCUGGUCGCCGCGAUGGAGGUGUCGGGCGUCGAGGGCACCUUCUGCUCGGCGUCCGGAGGCAUGCGCGGGACACGCACCUUCCGCGCGACCUGCAUCGCCGCGAUGGGCGUGCUGCGCCGCAACAAGGACUCGGUGAUGGCGAUGCUCGAGGCGCUCGCGCGCGGCAAAGCCAGGCCGCACCCACGGCACGCGUUCGUGCACGACCCGCUCAUCAACUGGCGGCUGCUCAUCCGGCAGGCCGUGCAGCACGAGGCGCUCGAAGAGGCGCCGACCUCGGGGGGCGCGUCCCCGCAGGCGGACCCACCCCCCGACCAGCAAGCCCUCCUCCGGACCGUCUCGGAAUCCUCUCGGAGCUUUCCCACACAGGCGGGCCGACCCACCGAGCGGCGCCGCUCGCCGCUCGGAGCGCGCGCGGGCGGCGCGGCGGGCGGCGGCGGCGGCGGCGGCGGCGGCGGCGGCGGCGGCGGCGGAGGAGGAGGCGGAGGCGGCGGCGGCGGCGGAGGCGGCGGAGGCGGCGGUUGCGGCGUCGGAGGCGGCGGAGGCGGCGGUGGCGGCGUCGGCGUCAGUGGCGAGCGCGGUGCGGAGGGAGAGGCGCCGCGCCGCAGCGGCGGGCCGGUGAUGCGCGUGGGCUCGCUUCGCCGGUCGGUCGUGCUGACGACCACCUCAGACCGGCUGCAGCAGCGGCAUCGCGAGCGUGCGAGAUCGUCCGGGCUCGGCGAAGGCAUCGCCACCAUCGAGCUCGAGUCGUCCGACCCGGCGCUCUCGCACCAGCCAAUCUCGCGCUCGGUCGUCUCGGUGGCGGCCGUGGUGGCGACGAUGAUGCACGAGUCGAUUGCGCACGACGGCGGCGGCAACCAGGACGAGGACGCCCUCAACGCGCGCGCGCGCGCUGUGCUGCGGCGGGUGCGCGACAAGCUGGUCGGCGAGGAUUUCGCGCCGGAGCCGCUCAACGUGCCGACGCAGGUCGAGCGCCUCAUCGCCGAGGCGCGCUCCAACUCCAACCUGUGCCAGCUGUACGUCGGGUGGUGCGCUUUUUGGUGA